UGUGUGUGUGUGUUUGUGUGUGCGUGCGUGCCCGUAUGUGUGUGCGCUUUGGGCUCCGCUUGAUCUGUUGUUUGCGCAGCACAAUCACAUUUCUUUUAAGCGACAGGGUGUCUAGACACACACGUGACCGGGCGCGUCAAUGCGCACUGGAGACUGAGCAAGGGCACCCAAACCGUUCGCCUCACUUACAGACAGAGAGCCUUCUGACCCCCUCGAGAUCACUCGUCUCGCUUUCUUCCACACGCAGACACGGAAACUUCGUGUGAGAUACGAGGUUUGGAUUAUUAAUCCUUCGAUUCGACUCCUAAAAUAGGUUACGAGGCUCGGUGCGUGGACGUAACCCGAGGGUCUCUCUCUCUUUCUCUCGGGCUUUCAAACGCAACUCAACUCGGGUUAGAGAAUCAGUCCUGGAUUUGCUCCCUGACUCUUUGGACGAGGCUCGGUCUUGCCAGCAGAUCACAUCCUCUGCAGACGAGUGGCAUAUUUAGACGGUAACGGAUAAAAAAAAAAAAAGCCUGCGCGAGCAUGCCGGAGAGCCCUACACUCUGCAGUCGGAUCAAGGAUUUUGUGGAUUAAUGCUCUUGAAGACACGACGGAGAGCUCCGGUUUUCAUGGGAUAACUGUGAUAGCGUUUAGGCCCCAGUUUGUCUAAUUUCCACUACAGCGAAUGCGCAUAAAUAAAAAGAUGUUCUGUUCAUUGUUUUACUGGUGAAAAUCGUCCCAGAGUGUGUUUAAAGGGGUCAGUUCACAGCGCUUAUCGGCUGCACAUCACCAAGUGAAUACUUGUAACACAGUCAGGCUACGUGCUGCUGUGUUGUAGCAGAGCUGUAUAAACUGCUAGAUUCAUUUUAUAGGCUAGUCCUAAACGCCUGGAAGUGAUGGUUGUUUAUCCCCGGAGGGAAAGCUGACUGUGCCGGGAACCUCGACUGCUUUUCGGUGAUCAAGUCUGCAGGAGAAGGCAACAGAGACUGGCGUAUGCUACAGAUUUCCUCUGCUCAUCCAGCUCGCAGUUUUUCCACCGUAUUUUCUCAGGCUGCUUGUCAUUGCCUGGACUCGGAUCCCGGAAUCUUCAUGAUUUGCGGACACCAUGCUCGUUUUUUAGCCGGGGAACCCUCUUUUCGUCCCGCAUGUUUAGGACCAAACGAUCGGGGCUCGUCCGGCGACUCUGGAGGAGUCGUGCGCCCGUGGAGGGCGACGGGGAGGCGGAUAGAGGGACGCAUGGCUCCGGGGGCUGCUGCAUGGGCAAAACGACAAAGGUGGCCAAGUCCAACGCAGGGACGGAGGCUGAAUUGAAGGCGUUGACCCACUCGAUACUGAAAAAGAUAAAAGAGAAACAAUUAGAGGUGCUUUUGCAGGCGGUGGAGUCCAAGGGGGGUGCCCGAAGCCCGUGCUUGCUCCUGCCCAGCAAAGUGGACGCCAAAGUGGGUCAACAGUCUUACUCUCUCCCCAUGCUGCUCUACAAAGUGUUCAGGUGGCCGGACCUCAGGCAUUCCUCGGAGCUGAAGAGGCUGUCUUGCUGUGAAUCCUACGGGAAAAUCAAUCCAGAGCUCGUUUGCUGCAACCCGCACCACAUGAGCAGACUUUGUGAACUCGAGUCUCCUCCUCCUCCAUAUUCACGCUAUCCCAUGGACUAUCUUAAACCACCAGAUUCUCCAGACUCUGGACCUUCAUCCAGUGAUACUGGGGGAACGACAUACUCGGCCCCUGUGGGGCUUUCAGAUUCCCUAGCGUUGCAGGAGUCUGGCGAUCGGGCCCAUUGGUGCGUGGUGGCAUACUGGGAGGAAAAGACACGUGUUGGGCGCCUCUACUCAGUCCAGGAGCCCUCUCUGGACAUCUUCUAUGAUCUACCUCAGGGGAACGGCUUCUGUCUGGGCCAGCUCUGCUCCGACAACAAGUCCCAGCUGGUGCAGAUGGUGCGGGCCAAGAUCGGCUAUGGCAUCCAGCUGACACGUGAGCCAGACGGGGUGUGGGUCUACAACCGCAGCUGCUACCCCAUCUUCAUUAAGUCGGCCACACUGGACAACCCGGACUCGCGCACACUGCUGGUGCACAAGGUGUUCCCCGGUUUCUCCAUCAAAGCUUUUGACUAUGACAAAGCCGGCAGCCUUCAGAGGCCGAACGACCACGAGUUCACGCAGCAGCCUCGCACAGGUUUCACGGUGCAGAUAAGCUUUGUGAAAGGCUGGGGACAGUGCUACACCAGACAGUUCAUCAGUAGCUGCCCAUGUUGGUUGGAAGUCAUCUUCAACACCCGAUAGCAGCAGCUUUCCUCUUCUUCACCCCCUUCGCCUCUUCUGCCCCACCUCACAAACAGACUACACCCACUUUUCCUUUUUUUGUUCCAGAGGUUCAAACAGAGAAAAGAACGUUUUGAGAGAAGAAGAAAGUAUAAAAUUCUGACGGACCUUGUUUAAUAAAUGACUAAGAUUUAAUUAAAUUAAAUAAGAAGCGAAAAAUGUAUUUUAUGUUAUAUAUAAAUAUAUUAUUAAUUGUAAAUAUGAAGACGUUUUAUAUGCAUCAUUAUUUAUGUAUUGUGCAAUGUGUUGAUGAGAAAAAGAAAAUAAGAUGCACUUUGCUUAAUAUAAAUGCGAAACAAAGAAAUGCCAAAAUAAAAAUUAAAAAU